ACCUUAUAAUACUCCCACUUCAACUAUAAAACUCCCUUCUCCCCACCAACCACCACUACGCCCUCAACGUGCUCGACGAAAUUCCCGAUUCACAAUGCCUUCUUCCAACACCGACCUCUCCAACCUCCUUUCCCACGCCCUCCCCUUCCUCCGCGCCGAACCCCAUCUCGUCGACCCCGAACUCCCCAACAUGAUCUCCGCCAUCACUGCCGUCGGCGCCGGCGAGUGCUGGCACAAAGACAACUGCUUUCUCGGCCACCUCCUCGACGUCUACCGCAUCCUCAAGCUCUGGGGCGCCCCAGACCCCGUCGCCCGCUGCGGCCUCUUCCACUCUGUAUAUUCCAACUCCUACGUCGACCUUGCCAUCUUCGAUCCCUCCAAGGGCGGCCGUGAACUCCUUCGAUCGAUUGCCGGAGUGAAAGCAGAGAGACUCGUGCAUCUGUUCUGCGUCGUGCCUAGGCAGAGUCUCAUACAUGAUGACUUGCUAUUCCGGUAUACGGAAGAGGAGCUGGUGAAGCAUUUGAGGGGGUCGGAAGACUCGGUGAGGCGGGCGAGGGAAGAAGGAGUGUUGGAUGAGACGGAGCCGUGGCGGAGGAAGAUGGUGGCUGUGUUGCCGGCUGCUGGAGUUACGGUGAAGCACAUUAGUACAGGAGAAGAUGUGGCUUUGUCUCGGCGGAUGGUGGCGACGUUUCUGCUCAUGACAAUGGCUGACUUUUGUGAUCAGUUAUAUGCUUUCCAGGACGAGCUUUUCGACAACCACGACGGCCAAAUGAACUUCUCCGGCAACAAAUCCACCGCACUCUGGCCUGGCGACGGCCGACCCGGUCUAUGGAUGAACUCCCUCUCCCGCAUGGGAUCCCUCUACAACCUCAUUCUCCGCGAAGAAAACCUCUACAUCCAAGCUCGGAAAAACUCAACCCACCCACAACAACAACACGACAUUCUCCCAUUCCAGAGAGACGAGGACUUAGAACUAAUCCUCCCUCCGGUUUUCUCCAACUGCACCAGAGUCUUGGGAAGAGAAUCUCAGCUCCUGGCCAGAGACCUCUACUGGAAGGCGAUGACGGGGCCGGCCAAUAUGGAUAUGGCUACGGCGGAGAGACUAUUGAAGCAAUGCUGCAGAGAGAAUGGAUACGUUGGGGAGCCGCAUUUGGUGCUGGGGCAGGUUUAUAUGGCGGAGGAGAGGUAUGAGGAGGCGGAGAAGGAGGCGGAGGAAGGGCUGAGGUUGCUGCUGGAGUGGGGGAGUACGUGGGAUAAGAGGAUGAGUUGGGAGGGCUGGGUGGCUUGGGGAAGGCUUUUAUUGCAGAAGGCGAAGGCCAGAUCUUGGCCUAAGACUUCUUUUGGGAUCAUUAGUCUCGGUCUGGUGAGGUGAAACAAGGGAUAUGGUAACGGAUAAGUUGAUUUCGUGCAGGAAUAUGUCUGCUAUUCAUAAAAGUUCAUUUAAUUUAAAAUAAACGAUGAUCAAAAUGUACGUACGUGAAGUGAAUUUUUUACAUGACUAUGAUAUUCUGAUUCACGUAUAUAUAAUUUCGAUCUCCGGGGAGUUUAGAAAGUAUGUGGAUAUAACUGAAGAGCAAUAAGAUUACUUCCAGAAUUACAA